AUGGCUUUAUCAUCAAUAGUAAACUCGUGGACAGAAUGGGCCCCGUUGGAAUUUAUAUGUGUCGGCACUGCUGAGGGUAUGUGCUGCCCAGAUGAGACUCCUUCUUAUCCAUGGCACACGGGUCCUCCUAAUCUAUGUUCGUAUAUUCGAGCGAUUUCGGGUCCACGUCCACGUCGUCGUAUUGAACAGGCACAAGCUCAAUUAGACAAUCUUGCUGAGUUGCUUCGAGCUGAAUCAAUCGUAGUUGCAAGUUCAAUUGAUGAAAUAUUCGAUGAGGAUGUUAGACAAGUUCUUACUCGAAAACGAACAUCAUUAGAGAAAAGUUCACAAACAAAUACUAACGAUAAAACUAUUCAAAAAAACAAAAUUGAUGUUUGCCGACCAGUAUCAUCAUCACAGGAAGAACUAUGUUUCAAUCAUCAACUAGCCACGCCUCAUUUUAAAUCUCAAUAUCAGUUCGGUCUUGCAUGUCCACGAGACAUAUUGAUCACAUUAGGUGAUACAGUGGUAGAAGCGCCAACUUCUGCUCAUAUUCGGUAUUUUGAAUCUGAGUAUUAUAAACCUCUCCUUUAUUCACUAUGGAGAUGUGAUCCAAAUAUGAAAUGGCUUCAACCUCCAAAACCUACAUGUUCAUCGAUAAAAAUGUUCAAUGAUGUUGAUUAUUGGGAAAAGAUAAAUACAAAAGAUUUCAAUAAAUCAAUCUUUGCCAAUAGCGGAUAUAAGACAAACCUGAAUGAAAAUGAAAUUGCCUUCGAUGCUGCCGAUAUCGUACGGAUGGGAAAAGAUGUCUUUUAUAAAAAAUCUGCAUCGGCGAAUAACCAAGGUUUAUAUUGGCUUCGUCGAACGUUUCCUAAUCUUCGUUUUCACAUGAUGCAUUUUCCAACUGAUGGUAGUUACCAUUUGGAUACUUCACUGAUACCAUUACGACCACCAACAUCAGGAUCGCAUGGUCUUGUCCUUCUCAAUCAAAAUUAUCCACCAUUGGCUAGUGAAAUGAAGUUGUUUACUGACAAUGAUUGGCGUUCAAUAUGGGCACCUUUACAUUCGACUGGUGAAGUGCCUCCACUCGCUUUGUGCACAGGCAAUCUGAAUGCCAAUAUACUUUCACUUAAUGAUCAUUGUGUAGUGAUCGAAGAAUGUGAAACACCAAUGUAUCGAUUGUUACACGACGAACUCGGCUUCGAUGUUAUCACGUGCCCUCUUCGAGUCCUCAACGAAUUUGGUGGUGGUAUUCAUUGUGUUACAUGGGAUAUUCGUCGACAAGACUCGUGUAGCGACUAUUUUCCGAACCAGAAUUAUGACUCCGAAUGUCAACUUGAUCUUAACAAUUACUUUGAUAGAAAAAUAUUUUCGAAUCAUGAUGAAGACACAUCUUAA